UUAUAAAUUCUUGAAAUUAUCUUGACCAUUUAGUUGAUCAAAUCAGCUAAGAGGUGAAUAUUUUAAUUAAAAUCAUCUCUGAUGAGAAUCAAAAAAGAAAUGUCAACAACGAGCAAAGUUUUCAAAUACGAAAAUUCAGCUGCUAUAACCAUCUUGAAAUGGAAAGUUAAACCUGGAUUUGCGGUUAAUCAAGUUCCAUUCGUUUUGUUCACAUACCGUGAAAACAAUGUUGAUGAAGAUAAUGAUCGACAACAAUCAUCAAAUGCUGAACAAAAAUACAAAAUUACCAAAAGUGGAAUCAUAAUCAAAAAACUAUUGAAACAAAAUGGUGAUUGUGUUGAAAUGAAUGACCAUUUAUUUGAAUAUGAAUCAUGUUCGCAUCCUACUUUGAUGAAAGAUCUUUGUGCUGUUUGUGGUGUCAACAUCAGUAAAUUUGAUUCAGUUGAACAGCGAAAGAUAGCUGAAAAUACUAAUGUUUCGAUGGUUCAUUCUAUACCCGAAUUGCGAGUCAGUAAAGAAAUUGCCGAAGAUUUGGGCCGUGCUGAUGAAGAACGUUUGUUAAAAUAUCGUAAACUUGUAUUGUUAGUUGAUCUUGAUCAAACAAUUGUUCAUUCAACUAAUCAAAACAUACCUAAGGAUCUCAGUGCUGAAAUUUUUCAUUAUCAAUUGUAUGGAACAAAUUCACCUUGGUAUCAUACCAAGUUUAGGCCAUACAUGAAUGAAUUCCUGGAAGAAAUUUCCAAAUAUUAUGAACUUCAUAUUUGCACUUUUGGUGCUCGACGUUACGCUCACCAUAUUGCCCAUUUGAUUGAUCCUAAAUGUAAAUUCUUUCCUAAAGAUCGAAUUUUAUCACGAGAUGAAUUUUUCGAUCCACGUUCCAAAACUGGAAAUAUGAAAUCGUUGUUUCCAUGUGGUGAUUCUAUGGUUUGCAUCAUUGAUGAUCGUAUAGAUGUAUGGAAUUAUUCACCAAAUGUUGUUCAAGUUAAACCGUAUAUAUGUUUCAAAACUGAUGACAUUAAUGCACCAGAAAAAUUGAACAUUGGAUUCGAAAAUCAACAAUCAAAAAUUAUUGACCAAGAAGACAAAGAAAUUAAUCAAAAAAUUGAUGAACAAAAAGAAGAAACGAAUACAUCGACAAAAGAUGUUGACGAAGAUAAUUCGAGCAACCCUGACGACAUUAUAGAAGAGAAAAAAACAUUAACAGAAUCUGAUGAAGAAAGCAAAGAAUCGGUAACCAAUUUAAAAAAAGAAUCUGACGAGAAAAACGAUUCUUCCGAAAAUGAAUUUGAAAAUCUUCUUGAUGAUCAUGAUGAUUAUCUUUUAUACCUCAAAAGUAUUUUGAUCAAGAUACACCAAAAGUUUUAUGAAGAAUAUGAUGAAAAAAUGAAAUAUCGAUGUGAAGGAGAAGAAAUUCUUAUUCCCAAUUUGAAAAAAAUUAUUCCAAGCGUACGACGAACAGUGUUGCAUUCGGUUAAUAUAGUAUUUAGUGGUGUAAUAGCGACCAAUAUGACACCCAGUUCAAAUCGUUAUUAUCGAUUAGCCGAAUCUCUUGGUGCUAUCGUAACAAAUGAUAUCAUUGUAAAUGGAUCACCGAAAACAACACAUUUGAUUGCAGCCAAAUGGGGAACCGUAAAAGUGAAUAAAUGUCUCAGAUACAAACAUAUUAAAAUUGUUAAACCAGAUUGGCUCAUCGCUUGUGCAGAUCGAUGGGAAAAAGUGGAUGAAGAAUUGUUUGCUCUUACCAAAGACACAGUAUACAAUGUUAAUGAAAAAACUGACAUCAAAAAAGUUCAUUAUGAAUCAUUUCGUGAAAUAUUGAAUCAAUCACCAUCAACAUCUCGAGAAUCGACUCCAGAUUCGGCAACCAUGUUGGACCUAUCGCCAUUAUCUAAUUUCAGUAUGAACGAUCUUGAUGAUAUGGGCAAAGAAGUAGAAGAUGCUUGCAGCGAUAGUAGUAAAAUGGAGAAAGAAUCAAGUGUUAUGGUCGAAUCAAUCAAUAAUGCUGUGGUCAAAGCUCGUACUAAAAUUGGUUCGAUGGUGGAAUUGCCUUUCACGAAAGUUGUCGUCCAUCCACUGGUUUUACUUUCGGUAGUUGAUCAUUUCAAUCGGAUGGGAAAAAUUGGUAAUCUUAAACGUGUUGUUGGUUUACUUCUCGGUUCGAUCAAAGGCAAAGGAGUUCUCGAUAUUUCCAACAUGCCAUUCGAUGAAGAUGAACGUGAUAGAUCGGUCUGGUUUCUAGAUCAUGAUUAUUUGGAAAACAUGUAUGCCAUGUUUAAAAAAGUCAAUGCCAAAGAACGAAUUGUUGGAUGGUAUCAUACUGGGCCGAAAUUGCAACAAAAUGAUAUUGCUAUUAAUGAAUUAAUUCGAAAGUAUUGUCCUAAUUCAGUUUUGGUCAUCAUUGAUGCCAAACCAAAAGAUCUUGGCCUCCCAACUGAAGCUUAUUUUGCUGUUGAAGAAGUUCAUGAUGACGGUACUCCUACAAAUAAAACAUUUGAACAUUUACUUAGCGAGAUUGGCGCCGAAGAAGCUGAAGAAGUAGGCGUUGAACAUUUGUUGCGCGAUAUUAAAGAUACAACUCUCGGAUCAUUAUCGCAAUUGGUGACAAAUCAACUGGUUGGCCUUAAAGGUCUUAAUGUUCAAAUCCAAAUGAUCAAAAAUUAUCUAGAUUCGGUUCUGAACGAUAAACUUCCUAUGAAUCAUACGAUCAUUUAUCUAUUACAAGAUAUUUUCAAUUUAAUGCCCGAUGUGAAUAAUAACAAUUUUGUCAAAUCCUCAUUCAUCAAAACAAACGAUCAAAUGUUGGUCGUAUAUCUGGCAUCAUUGGUUCGUUCAGUCAUAGCGUUGCAUAAUUUGAUAAACAACAAAAUCUCAAAUCGAGAUGCUGAAAAGAAAGAAUCCACUCAAACUAAAGAUACGAAAAAGGAAAGCGAAAAAGAUACCGAAAGUAAAAAAGAUGGUAAAAGCAGUGAUGAUAAA